AUGCGGUGAAAUUGAAAUGGAUUUUCUACAAGUAUAAAUUUGAUAUUUAGGUACGAUUGAAGAUAUUCUUCACUCCAUCCAAGCAAUCUCUUCAAUUAUAAAUUAUUUUAAAGAAAUUCAUAAGUGGAGAGCGACUUCGUUCUGGGACUAUAAAUUCUGAAAUUGAUAAUUCUUACAAAUCUGAGACAUUGAGAUAAAAUAAUCGUUCAAAAACUAUAUUGAAAUUAUUUUUAAUUAAAUCUAUGAUAUCUUGGAAAAACUACGCAAUAAGACUUUGUAAUUUAGUUAUGUUUGAUAUUCGCCAACUUAAUUAUGUAUAAUAAAAUAUAAUAAAAUAUAAUAAAAAAUUGUACACGUAAAAUUUAUUAUUAUAUUAUUAUUGUUUCCUUUCAUUUCAUAAUUUUUAUAAUAUAUUAUAUACAUGUUUAUAGUGACAAGAAUUUUCUCAAUAUUAUUUUUUCUUCAAAGUCUCGACUGGACUAAUUGGCGAUUAAUGAAGUUAUCGUCUGUCGUGUGUUGCAGCCUAUGGUUCAGAAUCCUCAAAUAGCGAAAUCGAAGAGCGUGGUAUCCCGUCAAGCCGGGCGAGGAUAGCCAUUCGAUCCUAACUCGCUCGAGUUUCCAGUUGGCGUGAUCAAAAAGCCUCCAAAACGUCGACCCCGUCGGUGAUCAAGUUAUCGGGGGGUGGAACAGGUGGGGGUGGGGAGCAAUUGUCCCCAGGGCCUGGCCCACCUCCCCUGGCAUCCCCAAUCGAGCAUACCGAUACUAACGAAAACGAUGCGGCUACCACGGCGACAAAACACGUUGACAGCUUUCCACAGAACACUGAAACCACCAUGAGCUUCGUCUUGCAGCUAGGCACCGUAGAAACAUCCCUCGAGAAGAAGAACGCCAGCAGUCAGCCGCCAUCGUCACUGUCGUCGUCGUCGUCGUCGUUGAAUCAGGAGGAAACGUCAAACGCAAUUGUUACCGGGGCUGAUGACACCGGCGGCGGCGGCGGCAAGCCACAGAUCCUUCAAUGCCUGGAGAAUACUGCAGAUAUUCCAGCCGGUCAUGUUAUUUCGUUUUCCGCCGUGAAAUCAGUUAGCGUCACCUAUCCGGUGGCGAAAGCCGUUCGGGAGGUGCAAAGAAUCACUGGCUCUCAGACAAACACCACCCAGGUGCUGUCGACUCGCGUUAUCUCGCAGAAGUUGCCGGUGUCUAGCAAUCAAACACAGUCCGCCCCUUUAACGCUGAACGCAUCUUCCAACGUGGCUCAUGUUCCAGUAAACGCUCAAUCUUUACCGUCGCCGGGCAGCGGAGUAGCCCAUGUCUAUCCUUUGCAGCAUACCGCGGUGUCCACGCAGAACAAGCAACAAACUAGAAAUCAGGUGAUCACCAACGAGGCCAAGCAACAACAACAACAACAACAGCAGCAGCAACAAACCACCGCGAUAUCAAGUUUACAGACUAACAUGCCUCUGAAAGUUCAGCCGGUCUCGUCGCAGUUGGUUGUGAGCAACAACGCGGUCAGAGCCAUCACUAGCGCGACUUCAUUGCCCAAUAUCCAGAGGAUACACGUGAAGACGCAGAAUCUUGUCGGUCAGGCACAGACAGUUAACUUGCAGAAAGUGAAGGCUGUGACGAACGUCAAUCAGGGGGUAACCGUUCAAAGAAACUCCGUACCUAGGAUACAGACGGUGCAGAAGAGUCAAGUGUCGGCUGGUACCGCUCAAACCACCCAGUUCGCUGUUAAUCAGGUUACGAACAAUAGCAACAUACAGAGAAGCCAACAACAGGGCAACUCGACGCUUCAGAAAACGAACGUCGCGAACGCGCAGAAGGUGGCUCAGGUUUACAACAAUCAAAAGGUACAGUCGCAAGUGUUGAGUAGCCAUCCGAAUCAUAAAGCGCAACUGCAACAGAUAACUGGUAAUCAGCAGCAAGGAUUACAGAAGCUGCAGGUUCAGUCGCAGAAGGCUGUGACCGUGCCCAGACAGCCGGCGAAUGCGUCAAACGCGGUGAACAACGUUCAAAAAUGUAGCAAUUCUGUAGCUGGUAUACAGAAGGUGCAGGUAAUGGGCCAAGUACAAUGUCAGCAGCAAUUGCCGCAGAUUCAGAAGCAUGUGCAACAGGUACAACCGUCGCAACAUCAGAGAUCGCAGUCUACAGCGACCUUGCAAAAGUCCCAGACUGCGGCCACGGUUAAUUCUAGCAAGGUACAGUCGAUCGCGAACGCUUGCAAGAGCAACAGCGUGCCGAAUAUUAACAAAACGUCGCAGAGCGCCAAUUUGUUAACCGUAAACAAGCAGUCGGUGAUCUCACAACCGCAACAGUCGCAGCAACUGCAUAUUCAGAACUCGUCUCAGUUGCAGCAACAGUUGCUGCAACAGAACUCACAAGCGCAGCAACAGUCGCAGCAACAGGCAGUACAGAAGCAUCAGCCGCAGCAACAGCAAACAAACGCGAAUUCGCAAACUCAGAGAAGCCACAGUAUUACGAAUGUUCACCAGAAGGUCGCGACAAUAGCUGCGACUAUCCCCAAUAACCAACGAACUCAAGUAGUCAACUCGAAGAUACAGCAGCAACAGAUGGUCAUGAGAGUGGGCGUGUCGAAGAAUCAAGCGCAGAAUUUACAGCAGAGUAACUUGAAGAAUGUCCCUCAGAAAAUCGCCAAUACCGUGAAAACUUCCAAUUCGUCGCAGAACGUCGUGCAACAGUCGUUGCAUAGAAACGCGAGUGCCGUGCAGCCGGUGAAGAUCAUUCAACAACAACAGAACAUCAUGGGGCCGCAGAAUGCUCAGAAACAGCCUGGAUGCAUCAAAACGAUACCUCCUCAAAAGCCAGCUCAAAGGAAUCAUACGCAGAAAGUAGCCGGUAUUAAGACCUCUUUGAACACGAACGUGGCUGCGGUGAAAAAUCAAGGAUCAGCGGCUGCAAUCGCACAAAAGACGAGCAUCAAAACGUUGCUCCCCCAGCAGGCCGUUGCUGCGAAUAUGUUGAUGCACAAAAGUCAGCCGAUUAAAAUACAACAGCAAACGAUACAGCAGAAACAACUUGUCGCAACAUCGCAGUUCCCCCAGCAGGUUAGGCAACAGUCUGGACAAGUGAAGACAUUACUGCCAGUAACUAACAUGGAAUCUCGCAAAGAUAUUGAAAACAAUGUCUUCAGUACGUCCUACAGGAUCACAAUUACGGGGCACCACCGCCACGAACACCGUCACCUCCGUCACCUCCGUCUCACCCAAAACAGCCUAUUAACGGUGCUGGAAGUUCUACCACGACUUCUCAGCAUCCUUAUAUUUAUGGAAAAGUUGUUAGUGGUACUAACGUGGACGACGAUGCAGCUAGUGCAAUCAGUAGUGAAACAGGAAGAGACGCAGAACUGGAAGGCGAAGAAACUGAAACCGCCCCCGAAGGUGAGGGAGAUGACGAGGAUAGCGUUACCAGAUGUAUAUGAGUUUGGCAACACGUUGAUUGCAUGGGGAUAGAUCGUUCCAACAUCCCUGACGAGUAUCUCUGCGAAAUUUGUCGGCCGCGGCGUGUAGAUAGACAGAGGGCGCGUGCUUUGCAAAUGCGUAAACGCGAGGAAUUAUUAAAUUCGGAUACGUCGUCCGAUACAUCGUCCACCAGUUCGGCGGAUACCGACGUCGGUGUUAACACGAUCCCAAAGAAACGAAAUUUACAGCAGCAAAUUCCUCGACGAAAGUCCGAACCACCGCAAGUAAGGCGACUGAACAACACCACCACCACCACCAACAACAACAACAAUAACAACAACACCACCACCAACAACAACAACAAUAAUAAUAAUGUCGCGAAAAGACAGAGAAGAGAUUCUCAUCCGAGACAAUCCAGCGCCGUUCGCAAGAAAGAAGCUACGAAACGAGGCCCAGGUAAACGCAAAGCUAAACGAAGAAUGAGCUUGGAAGAUAAGGAGGAGGAGACUCAAGAUACGUGGGGUUCGAAUGUCGCGCCACUAAGACAGUGGAUUGAACGUUACGAGGAGGCAGUGACGAAUCAUUAUAGCCCCGAAUUAAGAGCCAGGAUAUCAUCUAUCAAAGUGAAUGGUACACACAGCGACUUGAGGCAAAGUAACAUGAACGUCAUCGCCACUGGAAAGUGUAGGCUCAAUGUGCACAAUAACAAUAUCAGGUUUCUCGUAGCAACCAUGUAUCUCCCACCAAAUACACCUGUCGUUGAAUUACGAGGAAAGUAUAUGUUAAGUACGCAACAUCGACCGUCCUAUCCUCAAGGAAGGCAGCACACUCAGAGGCCUGGACCGUUUGUAUUCUUUUACCGGUUGCCACGAGACGGGACAGAAGUCUGUGUAGAUACUAGAACAUACGGGAACGAUGCCAGAUUCGUGCGACGUAGUUGUAAGCCUAACGCGGAAGUGAAACAUUGUAUAGAGAAAGGGACAUUACACUUGUAUAUCGUUACCACAACCGCAAUCGAGAAAAAUGCCGAAAUUACAAUCAGACACGAGCAACACGAUCUCCUACUGUCACCUAAUCCGAACGGUCCCAUGAUGCCCAUCGUUUGUGCGUGUAAUAAUCCAAGGGAAUGUCAAAUAGUGUCUUUGAAUCAGUUGAACAGAAGAGGGAGUAACGGAGCGUUGGCUGAGAACGCCGAUGGCCGAGAACGGAGACGAAGGGGUAGGCGAAAUACAAUUUGCGAGGACAGCGACUCGUCGACCGUGAUGCCCAGUAACAACAUUAUCGCGCAACCUGCCCUACCACCGACAACGGUGUCGUCGUCCUCGUCCUCGUCCUCGUCCUCGUCGUCGUCGUCGGUAUCCGUGCCGCCAAGAAGAACAGUCACGACCACCGUGACGAAUGCGGUGCGCCAGGUAUCCAAGGAGGAGCUGCUGACGGUGGUUCAACAGCCGCAAACCUCUCCAAAUCUGAGUCAGCCAGUCGCGGUAGAAACUAAGAAAGACAAGAAGAAAAUGACCAGGGAGGAGAGAAAAAUGGAAGCUAUCAUGAAGGCUUUUGAGAGGCUGGAGAAGGCGGAGCAGAGGAAGCAAGAAGUUCAAGCGCGGAACGCGCAGCGAAAGGAAUCGGGCGGUACGCAUAGCGACAACGAAGACAGCCACAGCGUAACGAUCCAGUCGAAGCAAAAGCAAGCGAAUUCCGACAGGCCUUUGAGGCGGAAAAGAAGGAAGGGCAGGGCAAGGACUACGAGUACCUCUCAGUCGCAAGGUAGCAGCAGCAGUCGGAGAACCCGAUUAAAUUCCGCGGAUUCGGACGAAUCGUCCGGAGAAGAGAGCAACUCGAUGCAGUCUCCGCCUUUGUUAAACCAAAAUCACUCGCAGAAUCGGGAUGGUCCUUACUCUUCUCAUUUGCACACCCCUGCAAAGAACAUGAACGAGAACGUAGCUGCAGCUGCACACCAAGGCAUACCAACAGCCGCUGGUCUACUGCUAGCUCUAGCAAAUUCCAACGCACCUGGACCGAGUUCGCCUCCUUUGCAACAACCAACGCCAGUUAAGAGCCCAACCUGUGACAGCGGUGCGAGUAGCAGCUCUCAAAGUUCAACACCAUCCACGCCUUUGUCCUCGGCUUGCUUGCUAGUUGCGGCAGCGGUCGGCCCCCUGGCUCCUGGCUUCAAAUUUCCAAAAACCAAGAAGGUCCUGAUGAACGAAUGGUUGAAGGAGUCACCCGAUCCACCGCAGAGCAACAUAUCUCAGAUGUCACCGUUGCCAGCGUUACCGCCAGCCUCCGCGUCAAACUCGAUAAACACUCUUUGCAGGUCCUCGGAUUUUUCUCUGCCGACGGACUCGUCCGCGGAAUUUUUAACGCAGAGUUACGCAGCCAAGAGUUUAGCCACCCUCGUGCAAGCGGCCAAUUCGGUCUCCGGGAUGUGCGACUCGCCACCGCAGCGCAAACAGACAGCCAGUGGGAACACAGUUUGCCCCGUCUCCACAGGAUCUGCGAAGAAGAGAUGGUUGCGUCAAGCCAUUUCUGAAGAAUGUGAUUCACCGAAUAGUCGACCGGACAGUCCGCCUGCCAGUGAAAUGGUGGCUCCGCCAAAGAAAAGGAGGAUAGCUAGAGAAAGCUUAUCAUCGGACAAUUACACUCCACCCACCACACCCACUAUGUUAGUCCUUGAUGCUGUUCCAAAUAACAGAUCUUUGUGUCCUGCUGAAGACGAUUUCAUCGAGCACCUGCAGUCCCCAUUGGUCGAACAGAACGAUGAACGUCACAUAACAAUCACAGAAUCUAUAAAACAGGAUGACGUCUCGCACGAGCAUAUAAAUUCGGACGAGGCCGUACGGCAGAAGCUUUCCAUAGAUAUCCCACAAGAUUUUCAUAUCAAAACUGAGAAACAUGUGAUAGUAACGCAGAUAGAUGACGCUUCUUUGAUGAAGGGAAAGAACGUACAAGUGAAGAAAGAAGAGAACGACGAAACGGAUUGUGACGCGUAUUUGGAAUCAAAGGCUUUCAUCAAGGAUGAAUUACGAUCUGUUAAAAACGAGCUGAUCGAUCAGACGCUGGUUGAUAAGAGCAAGAAGGAAUAUGUUGUAAAGAAAGAAGAGAACUUGGAUAUGGGAAAGGGUACGGUCGAGAUAGUCGAUCAGAACGAAGGAGACAUAGAAAUGGAAGAUUUCAACUCUCCAAUCGCUGUUAUGGAAUCGGAUGCCAUUCUGAAGCAACGCGUGGCUGAGAUGAGACUCGAAUUCGGAGGUAAUAUUAGCGAGAUGGUCAAGGCCGAAGACGACAGAUGCGACGACGACAGAUGCGACGACGACAAAAGAUCCGAGGACAUGAAGUGCGAAGUGAAAUCGGACGACAAUAUGUCGAUCGACGAGUUUGACGUCGAGGCCCAAAUGAAAAAGAUCACUGGUGACGAUGGGAAUGAUUACAAGGAGAAAGUAGACACCAGCUCGGAGAAAGAUAAAAGCAUGGAUGGUAUCGAGGGUCUGAUGGAAAGUUCCAAGGAAGAUUCGGAAUCUGAAGACAAGGAAAUGGACGAUGUGAAGUACGAAUCGCCGACGUUCAAGUCGUUCAACUUAAAUCACGAGGAAAAAUUAUUCAAAGACUUCGGGAGCAAGUCUGAGCCAGAGUCCAUCAUUGAAAACAGCAUGAAAGAGACAGAACAGAGCGAGGAAUCUCAGAAAAUUGAACAACCGUCGUCCGUGUUCGUUAUUUCGUCGGAAGAAUCUAUUUUCGAGUCUGCAUCCUCGAAUAUGGACACAGAGUCGGUCACGGAACCGCCAAAGAUUUUUCACUCGAUUCCACCGUUGAGCGAGCGCAUUCGUAAGAAGACGGAAACAACCAGCGCUUCAAAAAGUCAACUGAAUUUCGAAGCAGCCAUUAUCGAGUCUACCAUCGAUAUGGAGACGGUAGACGAAUCUAAAUCCGGUGAACAAAAAUCCAUGCUUUCGACGGCGUUGAGGGAGUUGUUGGAAGCGAAAUUGGAUGAUUUAACACCCGACGACGCUAAAGAAGAAGAGAUCGUCCAAGAAAAUAGCACACCGUACAUCGAGCCAAAGUGCGAAACUCCCGAGCAAAAUGUAGAGAUCGAAGGAUCUGUGAUGAAGCCCGCCCCGCAGAACAUUAUUCACAAUGAGGAAACAACUCCGGCGAAAGAGGAGGAAGCUCCGCCUAAGGAGAUCAAACGAUUAAAGGACCCGAGAACCGUCGUCCCAAACAAUAUGCCAGCACCUGCAUUUAAACCCGAGACAAUUGUUCCUGUCAAGCGAAAGGUUAGAUUGAACUAUGGAAUGAAAUCUUCGCCUCGAAGUUAUCUUUGUCUACUCAAAAGUGAUUUGCUGUUCCAGUUGUCCAUAUCAGAAUAUCGAAAACGCAAACAGCAGUCGUCCGGUACACCUCCAGAGCCUGAACCGUCGAGUGAUGCUUCUGCAACGGAUAAAGGUGCUAGGGGUAGAUCAGACAGCGCCAGUAGUGGUACAUCGUCGCUUAGUUCCGAUGAGGAAGGUUCCAAAGUCUCGUUAAAUCUCGACGUACCGACCUUGACCGCGUUACCGCUCUUCACCAACGCGGAAGGCGAGGAAAAGAAAGGUAGCGAAGAAGGAACAAUCGGUUGGUCCGCCGCGCCAACCUUAGUCGAACGUCAAAGAGAAAAUCUUACAGAAAGAUUGAAACGAGAGUUUGGAUUAUUCCUCAGCGAUGACGAAGAGGAACGAGCCCGCAAACAUGGAUUGACGGCAGAGGCAAUAUUGAAAGCGCGUAAGGCGUCUCCGCCUCAUCCUACCGUGUCAAACACACCGCCAGGUUACCCGUUACCUCAGUUGCCUCCUCAGCCCUAUAUACCUCCUCCGGGAUCCGCAUCCAUUCACUAUCCCCAAUUCCAAGCCAAACCUUGUCCCGUUCAAUACCAAAAUUUCACGGUCCCGCAGAACGCCACGCAACCAGCCUACACAAACGCUGCGCCUCAGACCUCUACAAACAAACAGACGCAACAGUUCUUGGUACCUCAAGCGUCUCAAGCACCGCCAGGUUCAAAUCCGUAUCCUCCUCAGUUUGUUCCACCACCGUCUACCACAGCAGUAUCGAUCUCCAAGUACACGUCUGUUACACCGCCACCACCUGGAACUCAAAUGUACCCUGCAUCCGGCCAGUCGCAGAAGCAAUUUUACAAUCAUCCGGCACCAAGAAACGCUCGAAAUCCCGCCAUGGCAGUUCAUGCGUUUCGAUUGAUCGAGUUUCGUGUACGUCACCACCGAUAAUCACCGGCAAUUGGCCGAGACAGGCGGCAGGCGUCUGCUAUGACAGUCGAGUCAGCGGCGUCCGACGCAGUGAUCAGCAGACGGCACGAUGUCUUCAUCCUCACAGGUUCGGCUGGACGCAACAGCUGUAGAGAAUUUUCGCGAAUAUUUACGGAUACCCUCCGUCCAACCAAACAUCAAUUACGAUGACUGUGUUACAUUCCUCCGAAAACAGGCAGAGUCUCUCGAUCUGCCUCUUAAAAUAUAUUAUAUCCAAGCUAAUAAACCAAUUGUGGUCAUCACAUGGCUAGGAACAGAGCCAGAAAAGCCAUGUAUUUUAUUAAAUAGCCACAUGGAUGUUGUACCUGUUUUUGAAGAUAAAUGGACUUAUCCGCCAUUUAGUGCUCAUUUAGAUGCAGAAGGAAAUAUUUAUGCUCGUGGCAGUCAGGACAUGAAAUGUGUUGGAAUUCAAUAUCUGGAAGCAAUUCGCCGUUUGAAACUUGCUAAACAACACUUUAAAAGAACAAUUCAUAUCUCUUUUGUACCUGAUGAAGAAAUAGGAGGGUUUCUUGGCAUGAAAGAUUUUGUACAUACUAAACACUUUGAAGGUUUAAAUAUUGGUUUUGCCCUGGAUGAAGGUGUAGCUUCACCUGAGGAAUUUUUUUACAUGUUCUAUGGUGAAAGAGCAAUUUGGCAUGUUGAAGUAAAAUGCCAAGGCACUCCUGGCCAUGGAUCCAUUUUGCAUGAUAGCACAGCUGGUGAAAAGAUAAGAGUCAUAAUCGAUCGUUUUAUGGACUUCAGAGCUAAGGAGAAAGAAAAAUUGAAAGAUCCGAAAAAGGAGCUUGGCGAUGUUACAACCAUAAACUUAACGCAACUGAAGGGUGGCGUACAAACAAACGUAGUGCCUACUUCGUUGUCGGUAAUUUUCGAUAUUCGAAUCGAUCCUUCUAUUGAUCACACCGAGUUUGAAGCUAUGAUCAAGAAAUGGUGCGAAGAAGCUGGAGCCGAUGUUACGUAUUCGUUCGAACAAAAAGAUCCUAAAAUCGAAAACACAAAAUUGGACAAUUCCAAUCCUUUCUGGCUUGCUUUUAAGAAAGCUUGUGACGAUCUUGAAAUAAAAUUGCAAAUAGGUAUUUUUCCGGGCGGAACAGAUAGUCGAUAUAUAAGACAGGUUGGAAUUCCUUCCAUUGGUUUUUCGCCCAUGAACAAAACGAAAAUUCUUCUUCAUGAUCAUGAUGAAUAUCUAAACAAAGAUAUAUUCUUAAAGGGCAUUGAAAUAUAUAUGAAAAUAAUACCGGCAGUAGCAAAUAUUUAAGGUGAUAUUAAGCCCUCAAAACCACAUGCAUUUUAGAAGUUUGCACAUUUAAAAAAGACCAAAGUUAUAAGACUAAGAACAGUAGGAGUUAAGAAGAAUUUUAAACGUACAAUUUUAAAAGUACAAAUUAACAUGAUAUUAAUGUGGCAAACUAAAUAAGAAGUGCAAUAAUGCAUACAGAUAAAAAUAAGUUAAAAAUAGAAAGUUAUAUAAAAUUCAGAUAUUUAUAAUUGUUAUAAAAAUAUACUUAUAUUGUUAUCAAGUUGUUAAUAAUUGAAAGAUUUAUAGAAAAUCGUAAAGUUCUAGAAACGUGCAAUUAUGAAGGGCUAAUUUAACGUGCAGUCAGUCUCGAUGAUUAAAAAAAUAAUUUGAAUCAAGCUGAAUAAUGAAAAAACAAAAACGAAUAAAUGAAUUAAAAAGUAAAAGUACAUCAUUGAGAAACAACAAAUCGAGAAUCCGAUCAAGAGAAAUAAAACACAGAACCGACCUAAAUCAGGUACUGAGAAGCGUAUUUAUCAAUUUUUUUAGUAAAUUACACGAAUCAAGCCCGAAUUCAAUAAAAGACAUCAGAUUCUAACUCACGUGCCAAUGUUAAAAAGUAAAAAACAAUAUAUAUUUAGUUAUUUUUUUAAUUUUCCGUAUAAUCACGCUUGGUAGUUAUGCAGUGCUCAAUUGCUCAAAAAAAUUUAUAUUAUAUACAUAUAAUGUUUGAACGAUGAUAUAUAAAUAUAAACAUAUAUUUUAUAUAAACUACGGGCAGAAAUUGUGUCUGUAGUAAUUAUAUAUUUUUUUGCAUAAUACAACAAAUAUAUUUAUCAAUGAAAAUAGAUUUAAGAAAACCUCUAUUGAUCUCAGUGGUAGUAUAUAUAUCGGAAGUUGAUAUUUUUUGCGAGAUUAUGUAAAAAGUUGAAUGUACUGUUAUAUUUUUACCUCAUAUCUAAUUUGGGACAAUGCGUAAAAUUUUGUUUCGCAGGAUAACAAGGUGCUGCAUGUUUCCUCUUCGCAAAGUCGAUACGUACGCGCGUGUGUGUAUUCCCGCCAUUAUUGCCUGUGGUUCAUUCUUAACGGGACUGCCGCCCUCCCCUUCCUAUUAGAACGAUGGACUCGUCCAAUGUUUUCGACCUCCUGUUACGGAGCGUUUUCGCAAUUUUGACACAGAUUGUAGCGUAUUUCUCAUUUAUGCAACAGCAAAAAAUAGAAGGAUUUUUUUAAGCGAAGUGAAAACGUAAAAUCUAUCGAAACGCAAUGAGAGUGAAUGAUUUUUCACGGAUUGUUUGGAUUCGGCCAUUUUGAAGUAGGGAAGGUAGGGAAGAAGACGUGCAAUCGUUGCCAUUCAUAACGCGGAUAGUGUAGCGUGUAUAGGUGUGAUCGCUGAUUUAACGAACGAUCGUCAGUAAAAAUAUCAUCAUUUCGGGUGGAGAUAGUAAUUCGGUAAAGAAAUAGAAAAGAAAGUUCCCUGGUACGUAUCCCUUUAUCAGUCAUGUAUAUAAGUAUAUCGUUUAAAAUGUCCUCGCAACCCGUACUGAACGGCCAAUGAGAGGAGGGCGGCAAAGCCACGUGACCAUGGCCGGCCAAUCGCUAGGACGAGAUUUGAAAUCGUGCGUGGUCUUUGUUCACAAGCCUCCCGUCAACGUUGCCUCAGUUCCGUAAAGGGGGCCUUGUGUCGGUGUCCGUUUAUACAUGGUCGCUGCCAAAAAUCGCAUAAUUCUCUUGUAAAUAUAUGUGUGAAAGUGGUGCUUGCCCGCGAGGACGACGUACUUUAAGGAUUGUCAGACACACGGUAGGUCUGAUUACGCUUUAUUACGGUGCCGUUCACGCGAGUCUAGCCGAAAAGAUUAUGAAAAAAAUAUUCUGUGCUGUUUGCCGGCCCGCCGAGCCGUUCUAUCUCCCGAGUGUCAAGGUAGUACGAGGGGGCAGUCAUGAUGCUUUCGACGUGAAUUUUUUUUUCCCCUUACCUUUCCCCGUGUACAGUGUGUAUUACAGUAAGUGUAUUCUCGUGACGAUUGAUAGUCAUGAGUUAAUUUGUCAGCAAUUGGGUGAUACUUCUCUUUUCUUUUUUUUUUCUUCUCGCCAUUGCACAUUGCCGGUAUUUUUAGCGAUUGUUUUAGAACGCGAUCAAAUUCGGGAUCAGCAUCGGAAGAUUCAUACAUUUGCCGCGCUCCGUCGAUUCGAUGGCGUAGGCGGCUGCGAGUGUAUCACUGGCAAUUAUUUAUUAACCGUGCAAACGCCUCGCGCGGAAAUAAACAACCCGGCCCGUGUGCCGAAUCGAGUUGAAUGAGUGAUUCAUCGUGGACAGAAGGCAGCUCGACGUGCAACUUUCGGCGGGAAGAGAGUGAACGUAUUACUAGGAAACCUCACUGAUAUAAUAUGUAUUUCCGGUGAUGAGAGCCAUUGUUUUGCCGCUCAAUGCAAUUCCAUAUUUGCACUUGUAACAAGAUGAAUCGUCGAAUUUUGACUUAACUGUCCGUUUUCGGAGAGGGGAAACAAUUGUGUGCACGAAAAUCGUUUUCGGAUGUCACUCCUAUCGAAAAAAAAUUUAAUUUCGUCUUAAGUCGGUAUCGCAUAUGCAUGUGUAAAUUAUUAUUGAUUUCUAAUUGCACAUCAAAUUAACAUUGCAUACGUCGUUUACUGGUUUUAUUGAUGCUUGCGCUGGUUGUAUAACGUUAUUUCACGCAUGAAUUAUCGAGAAGGAAUUACCAAAAAAAAAUAUAUAAAACUUAUUUAUAGAAAUUAUAAAACUUUUUAUUAUUUUUUUUUUUAAUCUACGUUGCAAUGUAUGAUAUAUUUUUUUUAUAAAUAUAACUACCAGCAAUCGAAAACAA